AUGAAUGACGUCCCAUUCCAUAGCCUGCUGGCUCCACUGGAGAAGAAAGAGCCUGUGACGGCUGCAGACAUCGCGCUGCCCGACUGCCAUCGGAUACUAGGAGACACCCGGUACGGCUUCAACCUGGAGAAAUGGAUCCUAGCUUGGCAACAGCCUGUCUGCCAGGCCCCAUCCUGCCCCCCCUACUGGCUGAUGUUCAGCAGCCCGCUGGAGAACCGCAAGGGCAAUCCGACGGCCGGGGACUCGCGGCCCCCGAGCGGCCGGCCCCGCAGGCUACUGCGAGGACAACGAAGCGUCCUCUACCGAAGAAUCCCCUCCCCCCGUCAGGAGAGGGGAGCGGCCCCGCAGCGCUGCGCCCAAGGACCAGCUUUCCAGGGUCAAAGACAUGCACUUUGGUCAGUGUGUCAGGGGCCACAGAGGCUCCUUACCUUCUCUCCAGACUUCCGAGCGCCGGAGCCGCACAGAUCCCCGCAGGCCAGCAGCCCCCCUGCACCAGACAGAGAGCAGCAAAAAGAAGCAGCGCUCACGGGGGUCCGGGGCCCAAAGUUCUCCCAGAACACAGCGGCCGCUCCCUCUCCGUGCCGGCUGCAGCAGCAACGACCCUCCUCUGCAGGGCCCGCCUUCAAAAACUGCGCAAAGAAGACACUGGGGACCGGUGGCUCUCGGGGGGUUUUCUUUGACUCGGCAGCCGAGUUGUUGUCAGCACUCAGCCAGGAAGAGAGGGAGCUGCUCGGCACCAUCACGGAGAAGGGUUACCCGCUACGAACGGCUAUUCUGGCUCUGCAGAAGACGGGUUAUCACUGCCCAGAGAAGAUCCUAAAGUACCUGGUGGCCAGUGAGCGUCUGUGCAAUCUGGGUUACGAUGAGGCUCAGGUGGAAGAGGCCUUGGAGAUGUUUCAGAACUGCGAAAGCAAGGCUGCUGAGUUCCUGCGUCUUCUGACUCAGUUUACUGAGAUGGGCUUCCAGCAAAACGCAAUCAAAGAAGUGCUGCUUGUUCAUGAAAAUCACCGGGAGAGGGCUCUGGAAGAGCUCAUGACACGCAUGGCUUAAACGACCUCGGCCCAUUUCUAGUCCGCGUGGAGAUUAGAUUAUUUUCUACAAUACGCUGUGUGACAUGUACUAGAGUACAAAUGAAAAAAUAAGUCAAUAAAUACUAUAAAUCUGACUGAGGAAAUGAUAAAUAUGCAGUUAAUUUGCUGUAACAUGAAAUACUGUGUGUACACAUUUGGGAAGAAAAUUGUCAUGCCGUUCAGAUUCCAGCGUAAUGUGGUAAACUGUUGCCAUGGGAACAAGGGGUGGAUGAAACGCUUUGCAUGCUGAAAGGAUUUUCUCACAUGCAAGUGCUCCAAACAAAAUAAGUCACAAAGCGCGAUAUUCCAUUCUGAUGGCAUAUGAAGGAAAUAUAACUUUAUAGGUAUUAAAGGAUUAGCAGAAGUCUAGUUUCCCAACAAAAAGUACUACAGCCACGUAAUUAAAGCAGUCUAUAAAAAAGUUCAAAUAUAAUAUCCAAAGAAAGUUUUAUAAAGUCAGGUAUGUAAUACAAAGGGAGUAUGAAUGCAAUAAAUGAAGUUAGUGAAAUGAGUCCGAAGGGCAGACAUGUGGUGCCUGGAUGGAGGAACUAAGGAAGCCAUUAGGAGUGGACAUGUGGGAAAUGUGUACUUUAAAUCAAAGACAUUUUGAACAAGGUGGACAUGUCUUCAUUGAGACUGGGGUAUUUCUAUUUCCCACACUGUAUUGUGUGUACUGAGGUCGUCGAUAGUUUGCCUAUAUAUCCAAAUAAAGAUUGAUAAGGUA